AUGCCAGCUACUGAGCGAGAAGAGCGUAACGGAGGCGCUCUCGAAGCGGCGCAACCAGCGCCUACUGCCAACGAAACUCCAUUCACAAUAUUUGACAAGAGGCAAAAGUGGUUCAUUGUAUUUAUCGUUUCUGUCGCCGCCACCUUCUCUGGCUUUGCCUCCAACAUUUACUUUCCCGCGCUACCCACCAUCGCUGCCGACCUCGACGUCUCGGCCGAGCUCGUCACGCUCACCGUCACCUCGUACCUCGUCUUUCAAGGUCUCGCGCCGAGCCUCUGGGGCCCCGUGUCCGACGUGCGCGGGCGCCGCGUCGCCUACCUGUGCACCUUUGUCGUCUUCCUGGGCGCCUGCGUCGGCCUCGCGCUGACGCGGCGCUACGCGGGGCUCGUCGCGCUGCGCUGCUUGCAGAGCGCCGGCAGCGCGAGCACCAUUGCCGUCGGCGCCGGCGUCAUUGGCGACAUGACGACGCGCGCGGACCGCGGCGGGUUCAUGGGCGUCUUCCAGGCCGGGCUGCUGACGCCCGUUGCCGUCGGGCCCAUCAUCGGCGGCGCCGUCGCCGGUGCGCUUGGCUGGCGCGCCGUCUUUUGGCUGCUGACCAUUUACAGUGGCGUUUUCCUCCUGGUGCUGCUGGUGGCGCUGCCGGAGACGCUGCGGUCGCUGGUGGCGAAUGGCAGCGUCGUGGUUCCGGCGAGGGGCGGGUGGCUCGCGAAGUUUCCGUUGAGGGUGUAUCAGAGGACAACGAAGGUCGCGUGGGAUCGGGCGGCGCCGUCGCCAGUGCUGCCGCCACCAAAGAGCAUCGACGUGCUGGGGCCGCUGCGUAUUCUGGGGAGCAGGUGCGCGACGCCGAUUAUCAUCUUCAUGUCUGUGUACUACACGGUGUGGCAGAUGAGCAUCACGGCCAUGUCGUCGUUAUUCAAAGACCGCUACGGUCUGAGCGAGAUGCAAAUCGGCCUGACAUUCAUUGCCAACGGCGUCGGCUGCAUCCUCGGCACCCUCGUCAACGGCCGGAUCCUCGACGCCGACUACAGUCGUGUCAAGGCCCAGGUCGCCGCCGCCGCCGCCGCUGCCGGCGACUCUGUCUCGGACGGACACGACGACGACGUUACCAGUUUCCCUAUUGAAAAAGCGCGCCUUCGACUCCUACCCGUCUUCUCGCUCAUCCAGUGCCUGUCCAUCCUGCUUUUUGGCUGGACCAUCCAGUAUCCGCGCAGCGUGCCCAUUGCCAUCCCCAUCAUCUCGACCUUUGCCACCGGCUGGGCCGCCAUCUCCACGGUGGCGGCCAUUUCGACCUACCUCGUCGACGUCUUCCCCGACCGCAGCGCCGCGGCGACUGCCAGCCUCAACCUGGCGAGGUGCCUGUUCGCGGCGGGCGGCACGAGCUUCGUCAUGCCCAUGAUUGGUGGCAUCGAUGUCGGGUGGACGUUUACGAUUUGCGUCGCCGUGCAGCUGCUGGCGCUGGUUGGGCCACUGGUGCAAUAUCGAUAUGCUGGGAAGUGGAGGAUGGAGAUGGAAAAGGCCAAGGCGGUCAAGGCGUCAAAGACUGAGCAUUAA